UCUAAAAUUAUUAAACUAAAAAAUUAAAAUUAAAUCUUUAUUGAACUAAUGUCAAAAUUGCGUAUUGACAACACGUUGGACUUGAAACUUGAAUACUAUAUGGUUUGAAAAUAAGAAACAUGUGGUUAUGAUCUUUAAUAAACUAAUAUCGUGACUUUCUUAUAACAAUGUUACAAGAUGAUAUAAGUGUUUUUAUAAGUAAUUUAUACAAGUAUCUAGUUGGAAAGGACGAUUAUGUGCAUGGACUUUUAAUAAAAAAACACUCCGGCAACUUGGUAAAUUUGGGUGAUUUGAGUUUUCCUAACACUGUGAAAUCAUGGCAAGAGCUAUUGAACGCUGAAGAGUUACAAAAUAAUUCAGACAAAACAUUCUUGAAAUUUAUUGACAAAAAUGUUUCGGACGUUAUUCAAGCGUCUCAAAAUUGGGAAAUGUCGGUGGUGAAAGCUACGGAGUUAAAUAACCGAAUUUAUUUGUUUUUGGAUAGAACUAAAGCUAUUAGCAUCGGUUUACAGUCCGCAUUGAAAAAUAAUAACUUACUUUUACAUAAGCUAAAUAAAGUUACAAAUUUAGUAAAAGUAGAUCCAAAGUGCGUUGAAGAUAGUAGUGUAACAUAUUUGCGUUUAAAAUAUUUAACAGAAGUAGUUAAGAACUUAUGUUUGGUAAAUGAUAUUGAUGAAGAUCAUAAUAUCAUAGUGACAAGCCGACAUAAUGAUAAUGACAGGACAGUGUUCUGCGGGACUGUCUUAAAUUCAAAAACUGGAUUGAAGGAGAAUUUAAUUACAGCCGAAGAAUAUAUUAAACUAAGACAAGAUGAGAUGACAUUAAUUGCUCAACAUAAGUAUGGUGUGAGAGUUUCUACUGAUGUGAAAUGGAGGGAAUUCAUAGCACAUUUAGGGGAGUCGGCCGUAGCAUUUGAGAUGUUACAAACAAGAUCAUCCGGCCCUGUGAAGGUACACUUCGACGCUUCUGGUGGCUCCAGUAAAGGCGCAGCAUUCAUUUUGUACAAUUGUGCCAGACUGGAAACCAUGAUUCGUACGUUCAACGAGAGGGUUGCGGACGGCAGCUAUCCAGAUUUACCGAGCCUCUAUAAUGUAGACUUAUCGCUACUGACCGAUGAGGACGAAUGGAGUAUUAUAUUCACAUAUAUAAUGGCUGUGGCGUCUCUUAUAAGAAACACUGUAGAUAUGAAUGGUGUAUGUGAAUUCCGACCUCACCUCAUUUGUAACUUUCUGAGCGGAAUGGUCAAAGUAUUCAGUCAGUAUUACAGACGUGUCAGGAUCCUAACGGAACCAAGAAAACAUCUACUGCCUAUAAUGUUUGCGAGAAUUCAUAUGCUUAUAAUAUUAAACGAUACGUUAAAAAUGUGUUUAAAAAUAUUAAACAUUAAAAGCGUUUCACAAAUGUAUACAGUAUUUUAUUGUGCGAUCGCUCGCUCCGAUUGGCUCGCCGAAGAUAGCCGAGUCCGCCCGAACGGCCGCCGAGUAUGGCCGCCGGCCGCGUCUCGGUUCGCCUAG